AUGCUCAUGCUCAUGCUGUGCUACGCCUUUUGUGGUGUUCUAGAAGAGGCUUACGUGCUCUACUUGGGGAACAUCCGAAGCGUUGGUGUCUACCUCCACGGUUUCCCAGAUAGCGGCGUUAGACCGGUACGGUGCUCGCAAGGAUUGCGUCGGAAGGCUGAAGAUUCAUUCGUGUGUUUAACGCAAGUAGACUCACCUAAAAUCCUACAUGGUAGUAGGAUGAGUUCGAAGAUCUCUGAGGCUGUUCUCUCCAGUGGUGAUGAUAUCGCAUACUGCGCAUUCAACACUAAUGGUGUUCCCAAUUCGGGUGGGAAAUUUUAUGAUAAAACUCUUGUUGGUGACAUCGAAGAUUUGGAUGCUGUUUGCCGCUGGUUGAAGAAACAUCUGACAAACUUGGAAAAAAUUAUUCUUAUUGGAUUCAGCACAGGGGCGUUUCUGGCGGUCUGUGCACCCGUUAUGACCGAGACGGUAUCACUAUGCACAAGAUCACUCCUGGCAGGAGUGGUUUCUAUCGCCUGUUUGGAAGACCCACAUCGUGGGGGGAAAUUGGAUUUCACGGCAGAACAAAUUAGAACAUUUGAAGAAACGGGUGAAAGUUUGACGAAAUUUUGGCCGUUGGUAGAAGUGGAGGCUGAGGAAAACGAUGGUGCAAUUCAGAACUGCGCGGAGAUUAAUGAGUCUCCCAAACCUGAGCCCGUUGAAUGGCCUCUCAAGAGAGAUUAUUACGACAGUUAUCUUUCGCUGCCUGGCAAGGAAGACAUUACAAAACUGUGGCCGAAUCGUGUGCCUCUAGUUUUGGUUAAAGGCGCCAAUCAUUUCUUUUCGGCUCAGAAGGAUAUGAAAAAACUACAAAAUGCCAUGAAGAAUUUCUGUGCUGAUUUGACUUACCAUCAGUUCGCGAGCUCCAGUUCUCUGUGA